AUCGGAAAUAGGUCAGUUAGUGCAGAUGCUAUUUGCUGCCACUGUCGAAGAAAAAUGUCAGGGGAAUCCAAAUUAGGAUCCACUGAACAUUUAUUUAAAGUUUUGGUAAUUGGAGACAGUGAUGUUGGAAAAACCAGCUUUGUGAAGCGUUAUGUGAGAAAUCAGUUUUUCGAGGACUUGAAAUCGACCAUUGGUGUGGAUUUCUCUAUGAAGGUCAUUGAGUGGGACAGUCAAACUCUAGUGAGAUUACAGCUAUGGGAUAUAGGAGGUCAAGAGCAUGUAAGGGGAAUGAACCGAGUGUACUUCAGAGGAUCGAGUGGGGCAGUUGUCGUGUAUGACAUGACAAAUGGUUCAACAUUGGAAGGAGCUCUGAACUGGAAACGUGAACUCGAUUGUAAUGUAAUGUUGAAAAAUGGCCGUCCAAUCCCUGCAGUUCUGCUAGCCAAUAAGUGUGAUCAGAUUAAAUUGUGCCAACAGAAUUCUGCUGUUCUGGAGAAGCUCUGCCAAGAGAAGGGUUUUAUUGGAUGGUUUGAGACAUCAGCGAAGGAGAACUUCAAUGUGGAUACAGCUGCUAAAUUCCUUGUGAAGCACAUUCUUCAAGCCAACCAGGAGUCAGCGAAUGAGGAAGUCCAGGAGAUCCAAAUAAAUCUCACACAGCAAUCAAAUACGAACUCUACUUGCUGUUAAUUUUAAAAGGGUGCUUUUAGCAUGAGUUAGCUAUUUAAAGUUAAAUUUCAGUGUCAUGUAAUUGUGUAAGUCAUUCCUCUAUUCAGUUUUGUAAAGUUUUUACAUUUUUGACAGAAUGACUAUGCUGAGUAUAUAAUAAAUUCCUCUAAGGUGAUUUACCUCAUUUCCCUUGCUAAAUGUUCAUACACAUGUUUUUAACUCGCAUAAAAUGUAUAUAUGUGGGUCACUUCAACCCCCUAAUAUGUAUAUAUGUGGGUCAAAUCUAGAUCUAGAUCCUUACUUUUUAUAAAACUGCUUAUUUUUCAAGGACAAUAAUCCCUAAUGAUAAUUACAUUAAUAAUGCAACUAAGUGAACAGUUGUAAA